UUUCAUUUUUCACGCUCUCUUGCUCGCCUUGUCGCGGAUCGUGCACAUCCCAGUCGCCACGCCACCGCCAACCAAACCCUCUCCUCUCCUCUCCUCUCCUCUCAUUCUUGCUCGAGAAGCUACGGCGAUCCAAAAGGGAAAUUCGCACAAAGCGGUUUGAUCGAUUCUCUAUUCGAUCUCGUCACAGGAGAGAAGGGAAGGCCAGAGCGGAUUGGUGCCGCUCGCUUUGCUUCCGAUCUCAACUUACUUUCUGCGGGGGAAAGAAAUUGUUGGUUUGGGAAUUCUCGGAGGUUUGGCACUUGUUGCCGCAGGAGACGCGUUGUUGUUGGAGGAGGUAUGGCGAGCGGCGGGAGGGUCAUCUACAAGCCAACCGCACCUCCCGGGCGGAGGCGCCAGCAGCGAUCCAAGGCCUCCGACGAUGAGGAGUAUGUGAUGGAAGAAGAGGAGGAGGAGGAGGAGAGCUCUGAUGAGCCCCUUCUUGACGCGUCCGAUGCUUCUGAGGAGGAGUUCGUGUUUGGUGGGUCCACCAGCGAUUCCGAUGGUGGCGAUCGGAUGGAAGCUGAGGCCGAUGAGAUCUCGUUGGGCCCGGGACCGAAGCGUAUAAAGUACUCUUCCGGAGCCAAGAAGAGGCCGGCGAAGAAAUCUAGGGUUUCGUACUAUGACAACGACGAUGAUUAUAAGGCCGAGGAAGAGGAGGAGGAGGAGGAGGAGGAGGAAGAAGAAGAAGAAGAAGAAGAAGAAGAAGAAGAAGAAGAAGAAGAAGAAGAAGAAGAAGAAGAGGAAGAGGAAGAGGAAGAAGGAGGAGGAGGAGAAAACGAAGAAGAAGAAAUUAUAUCGCUUAGGAAGAGGAGAAAUAAGAGAAAUUCACCUGCGGUUAGAUCUCACUACCAAAAGGCCAAAGGUUUGGAUUACGAGGAAGAAGAAGAAGCCGAAGAAAAGGAAAUUUUAUCGUUUAGGAAGAGGGGGAAGAACAGUAACACAUCUGCUGUUAGAUCUAGCCACCAAAAGCCCAAAGGUUCAUAUUUUGAGGAUGAUCUGGAGGAAGAAGGUGAAGAAAAACAAAUUUUAUCCCUCAGGAAGAAGGGGAGGAGUAGAAAUUCACCUGCAAUUAAGUCUCGCCACCAAAAGGCCAAAGGUUCAGAUUAUGAGGAAGAGGAGAUGGAGGAAGAAGACGAAGAGGAUGAGGAUUUCUCACCUGACGAGCAGGAUCUUGUUGAUGAAGAAGCCUUCAUGCCUCUUGGAUUGAAAAAACGAGGACAAAAAAGGAAAGGUGGAAAGAUGCAGAAUCUGAGGAAUUUGAGGCAGGAGAAAAUGGGAAACAGAUGCCAGAAGAGAUCUGAGGAUGAUGAUUUUAUUGUGAAAGAUCGUGUUGCUGCCAGUAGAAAGACUAAAAAGCCCAACAAAACAAGGAGGAAAAAGAGCUCAACAUCAAAGAUCAUCAAGAAGAAGUCUGUGGAGGAGUCGGAUACAUCUGAUUUUGAUUUUGUAACUUCUGAUGAUGAUUUUGUAGGGGAUACCAUUAUGCUGGAUGAACCAAGGAACAAGGGCAGGAAUAUCCAGAAGACUAAUAAUAGGUCUAUGAAAAGAAGGCAAAUAGUAUCACUGGAGGAAUCAGUUUCUUCUUCAGAUGAUGAUUAUAAUAUGUCUGAGGAUGUGUUGAGGGAUCUAAGAGUUGAUGGGAUUGUGGAUCAGCCACAGACUGAUAGGAUAAUUGCUCAAAUAAAAGGUGAUGAGAAGGGCAAGGAGAAAGAAAAUGAGGAUUCGGGGAAGCCAUUAUGUGGUAUUUGCUUGACAGAGGAACAUAAAACAACAGUUCGAGGAGUGUUGAAUUCUUGCACUCACUUCUUUUGUUUUGCGUGUAUAAUGGAAUGGUCAAAGGUUGAGUCACGAUGUCCGAUUUGCAAGAGGAGGUUUGGUACCAUUACCAAGUCCUCAAGAUCAGAUCCAGGGUUUGGUCUGAGGAAAGCAGUUAUAAAAGUUGAAAAGCGUGAUCAGGUUUAUCAACCUUCUGAAGAAGAAAUAAGGCGAAUGCUGGAUCCAUAUGAAAAUGUGGUAUGCAUCGAAUGCCAUCAAGGUGGCGAUGAUAGUCUCAUGUUGCUGUGUGAUAUCUGUGAUUCACCUGCUCACACAUAUUGUGUUGGUCUUGGAAGGGAAGUGCCCGAAGGCAAUUGGUACUGUGAUUGUUGUCGAUCUGCUGGUGAUCGUUCAUCAUACUUGCAAAAUCAAGAUUUUGGAAUUGAUCAAGCAGAUGGCAAUACUGAUGCAUCAGGCAGACACAAUGAAACAGAGGUUCUAACUCUUCGUGGUAAUACAAAUUUGUAUAGGUCAAGUCAACCUACUUUGCACGAAAUUGAUCUGAAUGUGUCACCAAGAUCAAUGGAAAAUUGUAGUUCUAUGUCUCAGCCUUAUGGAGUUGGAGGGUCAACUGUUUUGCGUCGACGUGCAAUACAACAGCGUAUACGCAUAAUAUUGUCUCACAGUAGAUCACAAAUCUUUCAGCAGACUCGAGUAUCACAGAGCAACAUAGGAGCUGAUGUCAGGACAUCAGAAAUUGGACAAAGGGUGGACAACUUGCGUAGCUCUCAAGGGCUGAAUUCUUGGAACAGAGUGCCAGCUUCUGAACAUGGUUAUCAGAACAGUAGGCCUUCUUUAUAAGCUGAUGCUAGUUUAGCUCAGUGCAUGCUAGAAAGCUUAAGUUCUGUGAGUUGAAUGAUGCCAUGCUGGAAGUCUACUCCAUUAUAAUGCAUCAUUUGAAAGAAUAAUCCAGGGAUUCUGCACUUGAUCAAGACUCGAGAGAACCAUCUGUAGGCAAUUCUACCCACUCUGUUCUAGUACUGUUCUGGAUGGAAGCAUCACGGAGGAGGGUUUUCUGAUCCUGUUCCUUCUCCCAGUGGUUCAGAUUAUAUUUGUACCAAGAACAAACGUCUUCAACUCAAGGAUGAUGCUAUGCUGCAGUGAUGCUCCCAUCAUACGAUUUGUAGUUGUGCCAACGACAAGAUCAGCCUGGUUCAUGAGACUCUCAGUUUUAUUCUGAUAGAUUCAAAUGAAUAGAUCUCACAUGGAAGCUUUCCUACGAGAUCGAGAGAGGUCUGCUACUGGUUUCUCCUGCUCAGUCCAUUUGACGUGAUAUUUUCCUUUGGUAUGGUCGAUUCUGCUCAUUCGAUAUCGGCAUCGAUAGAGAUGAAAGGUUCAAAAUUUUCCAUUAACAUGAUGAAUCAUCAACCUUCAUGAUUUCCUUGGCCAUAGAACGGAUUCCUAAAAUUGACGUGAGAAAACACGUGUAUUAAUUCUUUUGUACUUCGAUUCAAAAUUGUAUUUACUUUAACUUCACCCACAAAUUGCGUAAAUCCGUAAAAAUUGAAAUUUCUUCACGCAGUAUUUCAUUUGUUUAAACCGAACUUAUUUUUACGAGGGAAGGCAUAUAUGUUCCAA